AUGUUGAUGCCUGAACAUCUUGACGACUUGUACACCUCCAAACUCGGCGAUGCUUUCAAAGGCACGGAGGUGACCGGAUUCAGUAACGGGAGUAUUGUAACGGAUUAUAACGUGAACCUCGCGCCUAGCAGUAACGAAACUGCCGGCAGCUUGUCUACCGCGCUGUCCGAGGCCAUACAGGACUCCGGCGGCGGAGGGGCCUUCGCGUUCGACCCCAGCAGCAUCAGCGUUACUGAUGUGGACGAGUGUGCCAGUGCAGGUGCGAAUAACUGCCACAUGCAGGCCACCUGUACCAACACGGAGGGUUCCUACACCUGUACCUGUAACACUGGCUACACGGACGCCUCUCUUACGGGCACCAAGGCGGGAUCCGUGUGUGAAGCUGUGAGACCGGCAGCUUCCGACAGUAACCUUGGCGUCGCCAUUGGCCUGGGUGUGACGUGCGGCAUUCUGGGUAUCAUCAUCAUCGCGGCCGUACUCUGGUACUUCAUAUCCUAUAAAGCCAAGAGGGGGUCAGCUAAAAUCACACCCGAGUGA